AUGUCUUCUCCUUCGUGGAUCGUCAAUUACAACAUUAUUUCCGGCGCACUUUGGUCGUUCGUGCUGGUAAACACGUCUCUUGUUGCCAUUCUCUAUUCCGGCUAUGAGAUCUUUGACUUGACCGCCACGUGGAACACCUUGAUCCAGUGUCUUGCCGUGACGGAAAUAUACAACUCUGCCGUGGGUAACGUGCGUUCUCCGCUCGUGACGACCGUGGUGCAAGUGUCGUCGAGAUUGUUGCUUGUGAUUGGCAUUUUCACCGUGCUGCCAGACUCUCCAGCCAAUGCCCAUUGGGCCUACAUCAGCAUGAUCACUGCGUGGUCCAUUAGUGAGAUUAUCCGCUACUACUACUACGCAGCCAACAUCUUGAGCGAGGGAAACCCUCCACAGACUCUGAAAUGGCUCCGUUACAACGCGUUUCUUAUUCUGUAUCCAAUUGGCAUCUCCAGCGAGUGGACCAUGAUCUACAAGAGUCUCGACGAAGCAGCACUGUCGGUCGGCGACUGGUACAAAUGGUUCCUGGUGGUUUGUCUGGGUAUCUACUUCCCGGGAGCAUACGUCAUGUACACGCACAUGCUGAAACAGAGAAGAAAAGAGGCUAAAAAGCAGAGCUUGAAAAAGGCUGAAUAG